GUCAAUCAUAUCGCCCAUAUUGGUUUCUUCCGGCUGUAAGUCAGCCCCUCAGCAGCAGCAGCAGCAGCAUCCCUGUCCAAGAGAGACGAAAUCCGGCCAUCAUCAAAGGUGUCCCCUGUUUUGGAUGUGGUAACAAGUCUCCAGAGACAAGAAAGUGAAAGCGAGAUCAUGUUUUAGAGACCUCGUGUUGGCAGCCCAUCAUCUACAAUGAACAAUGAAGACGAGUUCUAUGAUGCUGUCACAGGCUUGGAUUCAGACGAGUCGUGUGAAGGCACAUCAGACGCCAGUUUUAAAGAUGCUGUAGUGUAUGACGGCGCUCAGAAGAACAAUGGAGCGGUUCCUCAGGAGAACGGAAUUAAGAAGCACAGGUCGUCUCUUCCUGCCCCCAUGUUCUCCAGGAGUGAUUUUAGUGUGUGGAGCAUUCUCAAGAAAUGUAUUGGACUGGAGCUGUCCAAGAUCACCAUGCCCAUUGUGUUCAAUGAGCCCCUGAGCUUUCUACAGAGAAUCUCGGAGUAUAUGGAGCACACAUACCUCAUCCAGAAAGCCUGCUCACAGACCGACUCUUUAGAGAGGAUGCAGACGGUAGCUGCCUUUGCUGUGUCUGCAGUCGCUUCUCAGUGGGAUAGAACUGGAAAACCUUUCAACCCGCUUCUAGGAGAAACCUAUGAACUCACACGAGAGGAUCAGGGUUUCAGACUGAUCUCGGAGCAGGUGAGUCACCAUCCUCCAAUCAGUGCAUUUCACACUGAGAGUCUGACGGGAGACUUCGUGUUCCACGGCUCCAUCUACCCCAAACUCAAGUUCUGGGGCAAAAGUGUGGAGGCGGAGCCUAAAGGGACCAUCACGCUAGAGCUUUACAAGCAUAAAGAGGCAUACACAUGGACAAACCCUUUCUGCUGUGUACACAAUAUAAUUCUUGGUAAACUCUGGAUUGAACAGUAUGGCACUGUAGAAAUCGUCAAUCACAGUACUGGAGAGAAGUGUGUGCUGAACUUUAAACCCUGUGGGAUGUUUGGAAAGGAGCUGCACAGAGUUGAAGGUUACAUCCAGGAUAAGAGUAAGAAGAAGCGCUGUGUGAUCUAUGGGAAAUGGACCGAGUGUAUGUGGAGCGUCGACCCACAGGUGUACGAGGCCCAUCGGAAACUCGAGAAGAAAGGAGCAACAGACACUAAAAAACAGAAACAGCAGGAAGAGCCAGAAGCCGUCAACGAGGAUGCCGAUGAAAUGCCUGAAGUGCAGGAGACUGUGGCAGUGAUUCCUGGUAGCACAUUAUUAUGGAGAAUAUUCUCAAGGCCGCCUCAUUCAGCAGAGAUGUAUAACUUCACUAAUUUUGCCAUGACGCUGAAUGAGCUGGAGCCUGGCAUGGGAGGAGUGCUGGCACCAACAGACUGCCGCCUGCGGCCUGACAUCAGAGCCAUGGAGAACGGCUACAUGGAUGAAGCCAGCAGAGAAAAGGAGAGACUGGAACAGAAGCAGAGAGCAGCUCGUAAAGAGCGGGCCAAAGAUGGUGAAGAGUGGUCGACUAGGUCAGUGCUGCUCCUUUUUCACUGUUUUUACUGUUAUGCAACAUUUUUAACCUCUUCUACUGUUUUUAGGUGGUUUCAGUUAGGGACAAAUCCGUAUACAGGAUCACAGGACUGGCUGUACACUGGCGGCUACUUUGAUAGGCAAUACACAGACUGUCCUGAUAUCUACUGAUGAGGAGCACCUCCUUCCUCCCUCGCUCUCUCCCCGUCUACAACAGCCCUCUGCACGAUGCACCAUCAACAAUGAUAGCGCUUAUGCUCACAUCAAACUGAGCUGCCUCCAUCUUCAGCACUUGUGUUUAUGAUUUGUGUUUUUGUCCUUUGUCUCACUUCCCAUCAACCCUGUAGGUUUUCUCAACUGAGGAAAGCAUCGAAACCGCAGUGGGAGAACCAUUUGCCUUUGAACGUACGAACCCCUCAUCAGAGAUGUAGUUAUAUCGCCAAUAAAAUGUGACUGAUGUGCUUUGGACGUUUCCCAUGUACAGUAGGUGUUUAACGUAUGAAAAGUAAUUCCAGAUGUUUAGUGUUUGGCAAGCACUGAGCCACCUCUGAUCCAGCUGUGUGUAGAGAGUCAAGGUGAUGAAGAAUUAAUGAAAUAACUACAUUAAUAAUGUUUAGAGGACGGUGAUGAAUGAACUGUGUGUGUGUGCGUGCGUGCGUGGCAAUUAAUGUAAAAAGCCAUAGAUUUUAUUUUAAUUGGUACAAUAUUUUGCAUUGUCAGAUUCAGUUUAAAUUUGUGUGUAGUUUCCUCAUCACGUGUUCAUUAUGGUGAAGCGUUUUAAAAAUGGCCUCAAAGCUCUCUUUCUUUUUUCUUUUCACUUGAUUGUUUCCACAGAGACUCAUGGGAUGUAAAAUAGGCUGAUUGUACUGACAUUCACUAAGGCUUUGUUGACAAACUGUAAAUGUACAUAUUCAUAUUUCACCAUUUUUCUAAUGUAUUGGUGUCGCACUAAAUUGUUCCUCAAGCACUAUGGAUUGAAUUAGUUUUAUGUCAACUAGGGUGUCACUAGGGUUAUUUUAUUCAUCAGCAUUUGCAUCUGUUAUCACUGUUCUCAACUAUAAACGUGUACACUGUGUAUUUGAGAAACCAGCUAAAUCUAUGCAACCCAUCGAACUGCUCCAAGCCCACAUAAUUAUGAAUGUACAGAAUGGCAGCUUAUGGAAGUGUAAAUAUAACCUACAUCUUAUCUGAGAGAGUAUUUCUUGCCUGAAGUAGAUGCCAUGAAAGGGAUUUUGCACCAUUCUCAUGUAGAGACGAUCUGAAGCGUGUAGCUCAUAUGAGCUGGUUUGAAGCACACUAAUGUGUUUUAUUUCCCACAGUGCCUGACUUUCAAUGCCCCUGCCAGUCACUCUCACUAGUACUUUAUCUUGAGAUGUUUGUUCCCUAUUUAUGUUUCAUUUGAAUAUGUGAGACAUUUGAUUUGGUUUUCUAACCCUCUUUCCCCUUGUCUGAGUACUAAUUGUAAACGGGAAUAUAGUCUUUUCAAUGCACACAACAUUCAGUACACUACUUGUUUUGCAUCCUGUAUUGUAUUAAAUUUACAUUAGAUUUUUUUGAAAACUAGCAUUGUAAAACUAAUAUUCCACAAUUAAACUACAGAGUUUAUUUUUAUGCGGCUUUGUGUAAGUGGAAUUAGCAUUCCUCUUCACCGGAUGUCAUAUUUUCAGUGUGUGAAUGUAUUUUCCAAUGCUGCACAUACUGUAGAUCUCUAGCAAUCACAAGCACAUAGCUCCUUGUUUUUUUUUUAUGUGUCUGAACUAAAGGUAUUUUCUCUGUGAGAUGGGGGUUACACUUCAUUUUUGAACAGAGUUAAUGGAGAUGUCAUACUGAUGAGAACAAAUUCUACUAAUUGAAAUUUUAGUUUGAACAUGUCUUUUGGAAUAAUAAAAAACAGAUUGAUGAAA